AUGACCACAAAACGAAAGCGUGCAGCCGAGCUGGAGCCCGAGAAGGAUACGCCGUCCACAUCGAACGCCGCCAAGAAGCGGAAAGGACGAAUGACUCUUGCCGAGAGGGAGAAACGGGAAAUUGAGCUCGUCAAAGGCAACUAUGUCAUGUCGAAAAUCCGCCGUCAACGCAGCACAGCCGGCACCAAUGAGCCGAUAUUCGAGAGUUUUCUCCGAGUACCGUCACGUCGUCUAGAGCCAGAAUAUUAUGAAGCUGUCAAGGAGCCAAUCGAUAUUACUACGAUUCAACACAAGCUGAAAAAUCCGGAUUAUCAGACUUUUGAUCAGUUUCAAAGCGAUUUCGACACGUUUAUAAGUAAUAAUCUGGCCUAUUAUCAGAAAGAUUCUGAUGAGCACAAGGAUAUGCUGAAGAUCCAGGAGCUCUACAAUGCGGCAUGUGAGAAGGUCGAUUCCGGAGAGUAUUUGAAUGAUAAGCAGGAGGAAGAGGAAGACGACGACGACGACGAUGUGGAAGACGUAACGCCAGAAGAAGAGGAUUCAGAAGUCGCGCAGGAGACGGGAGAAUCAUCGUCACGUGAUGUUUCACCAAUGGAGCUGGACGACUACAUGUUGUGUGAUCUUUUAGGAGCUGUUCUAGAAGCCGCAGACAGCUCUGGACGACUUCUCUGUCCUCCGUUUAGAGUUUUACACUCGAAAGAGGAUUUUCCAGAGUACUACCAGAAGAUUGCAAAGCCGAUCGAUUUGAAAACGAUUGCUCAGAACGGCAAGGACAAGAAGUAUGAAACAAUGCAGCACUUGAAGGACGACCUGUUUCUCCUGUUCAAAAACGCUCAACAAUUCAGUGGAAAGGGGAGUGACAUCUGGAAAGAUGCUGAGCAAUUGAAGACAGUAGUAAGAGAGAAAAUUGCGAAGCUGGAAGAGAAGGGAGUUCAUCCGAUGAGAAGGGCCAAAGCUACACGACUUGUUGACGCUCUGUUGACCGCUGUCGCAGUGAAUGACAACUUUUCGGAGGAUUCUGAAGAGGAUGAGGAGACGGAACAGGCUGACGAACCGAUGUGGAAGGUGUACUGGACGAUUCGGAAUGCGAUGGAUAAGGAUGUGCCGUUGGCGGAUAACUUUUUGGAGUUGCCUUGCAAGGAAUCCUAUCCUGACUACUACGACGAGAUAAAGCAACCUGUCUCCUUGUUCAUGAUCAACAAACGUCUCAAAAACGGGCAGUACGACUUCAAGACCCUCAUCGCCGACCUCAUGACAAUGUACUCCAACGCGUUCGAAUACAAUCUCGAGUCGUCGGAUGUCUGUAUUGCGGCUCAGAAGCUUCGGAAUCUCACGAUUGCCACGUGUAAGGAAUUGGUUCCCUCGUUCGAUGUGAGCCAGUUUGAGCCAGCGGCACCAUCGGCACCCAACACCCCACAGAAGCCGAAAGCGCGCGCCCGACAGGUGAAGAUCGAGAUGCCGGAUACGGAUUCAGAUGAUAGUCGGACGCCUCCACCGUCGCAUAAACGAAAAUCGCCGAAGAAGAACAGGGAGAACGGGACGCCAACGCCGGGCUAUAAAAAUCGGAAAUCCAUGCCUCCUGUGGACCCGAACGCUGCCUAUAUGAAACAAAAGACGAUGAUGCAGGGGUUGUGGAAUGCUAUUCAUCAGUUUAGAGCUCCUGGAAACUUGGCCUACUGGCCUGCGGGCGCUUUCAUAGACCUCCCAUCGGCAAAGGUGUAUCCCGAGUACUAUCAAGUCAUCCAGAACCCAAUUGAUAUGAAAAUCAUCCGAACCCGAAUCGACACUCAUCAGUAUCCGAUGGUCGACGCGAUGAUUGCGGAUUGUCGUAGGAUGUUCGCCAACGCGAGACAGUUCAACGAGCCCGGUUCCAAUAUUCAUCAGGAUGCGAUCCAAUUGGAAAAGGCGGUUCUUCGUGCGUAUGAUGGAAUGAGGAGUCAACAGCAGUACCCCAUGAUGGUACCAUAUGGGCAACCAACACCACAGCCGUAUAUGAUGCCAGCCGGGUCCAUGCCAGCAACACCACAUGGAUCAGCGUCGAAUUUGACGAAUAUGAAAACCCCAAAAACGGAGACACGUGGCCGCAAGAAGAAGUAUGGAGGUCCAGAGGACAAUGAAGAAGAGCUGGCUCGUCAACAAAUGAUUCAACAGCAACGUCAAAUUGACCAAGCCAUUCUCCAGCUGCCCAUCGAAGAACAGAAGAUGUGGAGACUGUUCAAAUCGAUGAAAGACGUGAGAAGCGACGACGAUUCGAGUCGCCCGCUGGCUGUGAAUUUCAUGCGUCUUCCGACGAAAGAAGAGUUUCCAGGCUACUAUGAUGUGAUUAAGAAGCCAAUGGAUUUUAUGAGAAUCAAGGCGAAAUUGGAGAAUCGUCAGUAUGUAACCCUUCUUGAUGUGGUCUCUGACUUCAUGCUCAUGCUCUCCAACGCCUGCAAAUUCAAUGAAACUGAUUCUGUGAUCUAUAAGGAGGCUGUGUCUCUUCAGAAGUAUCUUCUCGAAAUGAAACGAUCGUUGGAUUCAGGAGAGGAUGCUCCGAGGGUACAAGUCGAGCUUCGUACGAUCUUCACGUCGAUCUUCGCCGCCUUAUACAGUAAGAAGGAUGAGGAUGGAAAGUGUUGGGCAGACUAUUUCAUUGAGUUUCCGGACCUAAUGAAGGCUGCUGGAGUGCCACCAGCUGAAUGGCCAUUCACAAUGGACCAAAUUAAAAUCAAUAUCGAUAAGUGUCGGUAUAGACGGCUCGACAAACUUCAAAAGGACUUUUUCGACUUGUUCGAAACAGCAAGAGAGUUGGCGAAGCUCGAAUCACCGAUCUAUGAAGCGGCGUGUCAGUUGCAGAAGGCGUUCAUUGUGGAGAGAGAUGCGAAGUGCAAGGACGUGAUUCACUCGCAAGCGUACAGUGUCAUCGAGAAGGAUAUCGAUGAGGCGAUUGAGAAGGAGAAGGUGGUCAAGGCGAAGGAGGAGUCGGAUGAGGGUGGAGAGAGCCCGGCGAUGGGUGGAAGAGCAGCGGUUAUUAAGAGAAAUGAAUCCGAAGUGGAAAUGGAGGACGUCGAAGUCGACGGUGUCAAGUAUGUGGCGCCGUGCUACGCCUACAUCGCGCGUGCCGACGAGAAGAAGACUCCCCUCCACAUAUUUCGAAUCGAGCGUACGUUCAAAGACGAAACUGGCGAGAAGGCUCUUCAAGGAUUCUGGGUCUAUCGUCCCGACGAGACACUUCAUCUGGCUAGCCGCAAAUUCAUCAAACAAGAAGUCUUUCUGACUCCGUUCCGAGGCACGAUUCUUGCCGAACGACUGCGUGGACAGUGUGCAGUUGUGUCGCUUGCCACGUAUUCUACCAAGAUUCUGAGCGAUUUCGCUGAAGAAGACGUCUAUCUGUGUGAAUACAAGUAUCAUGGAAAACCAAAGUACUUUUCGAAAUUGAGAUCCUGGCCGUACAGUUCAGAAGAUGAGGAGUUGGAAUGCACGAAACGGGGAAAGCCAGUGACGCCAAAGAGGAUUCUAACGGUGGUAGAUCCGACGUCUUCAGAAGAGAAGGAAAUUGUGGAGGUGGAAGACGAUGAUGAGGAGGAUCGUGCACGUCUAGAAGUCUCUUUGGAUAUGGAACGAUUCGAGUAUGAGUCGACCAAGGAGGACGGAAAGAUCUACUACCAACAGAUCCGCUCUUCAACUGGCAAAUUCUUUUGGCUCGGACAAUGCGUUCUGGUGUUCAAUCCCCUGAAACCCCUCUGUGAUGUGAUGCGGAUCAAUAAGCUGUGGAGAGAGGAGGCGGAUGGAUCGGAAUGGUUCUCCGGAUCCUGGUUUGCUCGUCCAUCGGAAACGAUUCAUGACGAGGGUCGACUGUUCUUUAAGAAUGAGGUCAUUGGUGUUUAUCGGAAUGAUGAGACGCGCAAGUUGUGCGAAAUACAGAGAACUUGCGAUGUGAUGCCAGCGAAAUUCUAUACGAAGCAACGUCAAACCGAAAUAUCGGAAUGCGACGUCUUCGUGUGCGAAACAAUGGUCAACGGCACUGCCGAUGCUCCAGACGAUUGCUCAUUGAUUGGCUAUCCGGAUCCGGCGAACGAGUUUACAGAUGUGCAAACGAUGAAUCUGGACUAUGCAAAAUCCAUGAAAAAGAUGAAGAAGAAGAAGCAGCUGCCUUCUCCUAGUUUCCUCCUAGUGGACCACCAGCAGCAGCAGCCAACACUAAUUGUCUUCUCACACAGUCAGCCUACCCUCCUCCCCUCGCCACCCUUCAAUUCGAGAACCCCCCGAGGAGAGACAGAAACGUCACUCUGCGUUUCUUCUACAUGGCCACUACCCUCGCUCUGGCCUCCUCCUCUCUCUGUGCGUCCCUGCGCGCGCAUCGAUUGGCCCCAAGAGGAAACAGACGAACAGACACUCGACGAGAGAACCUACAAACUGCACGUGUCGAUCCCGAAUGAAGAGAUUCUGUUCUACAAGCAGCCAAUAAAAAUGGAAAAGGAACUCUCACCACGUGUGAACGGCGACGGCGUCAUGCCACUGGAUCAUCUCGAUGAAAUGAUGGACGACGACACGGAUGGCAGUGAGUCGGUUACGAGCAGUAGCCAUCCUCCACGUCACGUCAAGGAGGAGACCCCGGCGCCGGUCACAGCGGCGACAUCUUCAUCGCCGCCUGAGACGCCGUCGGAAUCUGGAGGAGACGUGGCAGCCACAGUAGCCGCUGUCGCCAAUCAAACCGCAUCAACGCCAGUGACACCGAAAGCGGUCAAAAGCAAAAGUGGCUACAUUCUAUUCUCCGCAGAAGUCAGGAAGCGAAUUAUGCACGAGAAUCCGGAUUCUGGGUUUGGAGACGUGUCGAGAAUAGUUGGUGUAGAGAGAGAGCAACUUCUAAAUUUGCCAUAUUUUCAGUGGAAAAAACUGUCGGAAGAGCAAAAGAAGCACUACGAGCUGCGUGCGGAAGUGGUGGCCGUCGAGAAGGCGAAACAGGAUGCCAUUAAAGCCCAUCAGGCGAUGACACUACUUCCCGGACAAGUGCGGAUCUAUGCGUGUAAAUGGGCCGCCUGUGACACUCAAUACGAUACGGAGACGGCGCUUCUGGAGCAUGUGAUUCAACACCAUACUAGUCAGAUUAUCAUGGACAGCGACCAACAGUUCGUGUGCAUGUGGAUGACGUGUCUUCGGAAUCGAAAAGACGGAAAACCGUUCCCCUCACUGCCACGUCUUCAUCGUCACAUCAAGGAGAAGCACAUGCCAACGUCGGCCAAGACGAUUCAUCAAACGCAGCUCGGCAAGAACUUCUAUCGAGUAAUGAGUGCUCCGGGCGAGCCGACACGUGUCAGUCAUCAACCGUAUGGAAACGCACCGACGGGACCGCCACAGACGAUGCAGGCGCCACCACAGCAGGUACACCACGUCAAUGGACACCAUCAGAAUGGAACCGUUGGACAACAUCUUCAGGCACAGUUGAUGAAUGGUGGAGGGUUGCAUCAGCAACAGCAUGUAGAUCAUUCACACCAUCAGCAGCAGCAGCAUUAUCAGCCUGGCCAUUCAGCCCAACAGAACGGAAUGUACCAACAGGGGCCAUCAUCCUCCCAGCAACACCACCAUCCACAGCAUCCACAGCAGCAGCACCCACAACACCAACAAUACCAUCAAGGACCACCACCACUACCACCCCAACAACAGCAAAUGAUGCAAAUGCAACAGGGACAACAACCCCAGCAGCAGCAAAUGCAACAAGUCCCACAAAUCGCCGACGUCGGAAGGACCGUGGUCCGAUGUGUGGUGCCCGCGUUCAUCGCGCCGCCCAAUCAGAUCCACACCAAGAGAGUGCUGCACUCGGAAGCGUAUUUGAAAUACAUUGAAUCGCUGGCUCAAAAUCGCCAAAAAUCCGUGUCUCGCUGGGAGAAGAAUCUGGGAUCAACCAUCCGAAACACGCAACCAAAUCCCAAUGCGAGACCACCGACCAAUUGGAUUAGGAGAACUGAAGCCGGUCGUCCAGUUGCCCGCGAAGAAGACGUCACCAAAGCACUGUGGCGGCUACGCGAUGAACUUCUGAAGAGCACAUGUGGAAUGGUCUUGGAACGGCCGACACUCUAA